CCCCACAUCGGAGUCCUGCUCUCCCGUAUAAUUUGUAACCGAUCAUGACAUAUUUGACUUUGUUGCCAUCAUCUAAACCGCAAAUUUGAUAGUUGCGUCACUGUUUAGCUUAAAAUAGAGCUAGACAAGUACUGCACUCAACGAGUCUGAGACCCUCAACUGCCAGAUAGUUGGUUAAAUUUGUCCUCGAACGUCAGCCCCGCAUCUCUGUUUGGUGCGUUCCUCGGCUUCACAGCGACAACUAAAAAAUGGCCGACGGAAGUUCCACGCCGAGAUCGCCCUCACUCGAGGUCAAAGACUUGACGUACAGCUUUCCAGACCGGAGCACCGGCAUUAGCAACAUCAGUCUUUCGCUGCCAGCCCGGAGUCGGACCUGCCUCAUCGGCGCCAAUGGAGCCGGCAAGACGACCCUCCUCCGCCUCCUGGCAGGUAAGCGCCUCUCCCCGCGCGGCGCCAUCACCGUGGGCGGCGUGGACCCCUUCUCCGAGGGCCUCGAGGGGGUGACGUACCUGGGGCUGGAGUGGGUGCUGAACCCGAUCGUGCGCACCGACAUUGGCGUCGCCGAGCUGCUCCGCUCGGUUGGUGGGGACGCCUACCCAGCGCGGCGCGACGAGCUGGUCGAGGUGCUGGACAUUGACACCGCGUGGCGCAUGCACGCCGUGUCGGACGGCGAGCGGCGGCGCGUCCAGCUGGCCAUGGGCCUGGUGCGGCCGUGGACGGUGCUGCUGCUCGACGAGAUCACGGUCGACCUCGACGUGCUGUCUCGUUCGGGCUUCCUCGACUGGCUCAAGCGCGAGACCGAGUCCCGCGACGCCACCGUCGUCUACGCCACCCACAUUCUCGACAACCUGCAUGCUUGGCCCACCCACUUGGUGCACAUGCACCUCGGCACCGUCAAGGAGUGGGGUCCCGCCGCCGACUUUCUCGAGGCCCAGGGUGCCUCCAAGGACGGCAAUAGCCAGCUCGGCCACCUGGUCCUGGGCUGGCUGCGGGAAGACCUCAAGGACCGCGGUCCGAGGAGCCAGCACAAGAGGGCUCCCGAGGGCAAGUCGUAUGGUGCCGGCGGGAUCGAGCUCGGCGGAUACGGAUACGAGCCCAAGGCACCGCCCAAGGGGCAGUAAGGUUUCGAUUGAUGCAUGGGACGGAGGAUCACAGUUGCGGUGAUUCUGCUGACUCUUUGUCUCUGUCGGGUUGCGCUACUCUUCUUCCGAAUUUUAUCCUGUUGAGUUUUCUUGCUUUGUUUCCCUUUGUUGGUCUAGUUUUCAUUGGCGGGAAGGCGUUCAACAUCGCACAGAGAGCAUUCGCUCAUAGGGCCGGUCUUAUGGGUGAUAUUUGCAAUACAGGGAACCCCUCAUCGGGAUAGACAAAAGACAUGGAUGCAUCUGGGACGGCGUUGUGGUAUUAGUUGCGCUUUAACGUGCAGUCCAAGCGUCGUCAUUUCAACAACAUGGAUAGCCAGAUAGGCGCUAUGAUGCGCCAAAAAGAAAUAUGAAAAAUCUUUUACAAACCAGA